CACUCCACUCUGACGCGGCUGGUUGUAGUACUCCGCGACACACUAUGCGUGGCGGUGGUUCAAGUGUGUCAGGGUGGGGUGAACUCCAAGUUGCAGUGGGGGUAACGAAGGCGCGACGAGUUGGCAGCACGGCAGGUUCAGUUUCCGUGCGACUGUCGAGGACGUGUCAGUAGUGCCGGUGGACGCGCGACAAUUUUCCUCUGGUGUCGGUUUCGCGCCAAGCUGCUUUUGGCUUCGAAUCGCGCGUGACGCACCGGAUGGAAAGAAACUCUGCCCAUUUUUUCCCCCUCCCGAUUGCGUCGCGUCGCGCGUCCGGUGUCGCGAGUUGCGCGGAGUUGCGGGAAACAAAAGGGUGAGAGGGAGAGGGAACGAGAGAGAGAGAGAGAGAGAGAGAGACAGAGAGAAAGAAAAAGAAGGAAAAACCGCUUUGUCCGACGGAGUCAUCUCCGUCGACAGGAGAGGGGCCGAGGAGCAGAGUCCCGAUUUAAAUCUCCGACCGCAGUAAGCCAUUAAUACCGUCAGGUGCACACACGGUCCACCCGCGCAUAAACGUACACACAUACACACACACGCACGCACACAUACACGCACGCACACACACACACACAUACACAUACACAUGCACAUCUACCACCCUGUGAACGGAAGAGUCAAAUUUUACCCCCGUGCACGCAGUUGAGCGAUGAUCGCGCGCGAAUCCGUCGCGAGGAGCAGCGCGUCGUCGUUCUCGCCUGGUGUGUCAUCGUCAUCGUCAUCGUCAUCACCCUCGUCCUCGUCAUCGGAUAGUGUCGUCGUGACGUAAAGUCACGGCCGGUCGCGCUACCGACGAGUAUCCGCUCGUGGAUUACACGGAUCGAGUCGCUUUCGGAUGGUAGCAGCCGACAACGACGAGCGAGGAGGAAAAUCGCGGAAAAUUCGAUCCUGACGGAUCCGAAGCCAAAGGGAGAGUGUAGUGAAAAGAAUGGUGCAACGAGCACGCUCGUGUUUGUUGCUGGAGCAGCAGCCGGUGCAACGUCGUCGUCGCAGUGAACGUCGUCGCUCGGAUGUGCGUGCGUGUGGUAUCUCGGCCCUGUGAGAAGGAGGAGGAGGAGGAGGAGAGGGCCGUGUGAUGCGUUGUUAUAUCGUGAUAUAAUAUAUCGUGUUAUAUAUAUAUAUAUAUAUACACAUAUAUACACACAUACAUAUAUAUAUAUAUAUUUAUACAUCGUCGGACGGUGUCACCGUUCGAUCGACGGCAAGCCUCGAUCGUCGACGCUAUAAUAGGGGUGGAAAAGCCUGCGAAUAGCAAGGAGAGAGAGAGAGAGAGAGAGGAUCGUUUACGCGCUUGACGGCGGCGGCGGCGGCGGCGACGGACGUAGUGAGUCGGUGUGAGAAACACGUGUGUAAUUUCUAUCCCCGUGUGAAAUUGCUCUUCCUCUCUGUAACCACUUGCCCGUAACCAUGGAUAGAACGUGGAGGACCAGGCGAAGGAUCUGCCACCGCGUGCAGAUCGUGAUAAUGAACCUAUUGCUGCUUUGGUACGCCCUGGUGAGAGCCGCGGACGAGGCGUCCGAGGAGACCCAGGAGAUAGACACGCACGAGGGCACGAAGCUGCAGCUGCAGUGCCGAUUCCCGUCGCCGUGGCAGAACGUCACGUGCUACUGGCUCGUCCGCACGAAACACAACAUCGACAACGCGGCGAUCGACGACCGUGCGUUGUCGCCGAACUACAAGGUGUUCAUGAACCUGUCGCAGGGUCGCUACGACCUGCAGAUCAAGAACGUGUCGUACGAGCGCGACAACGGCAAGUACGAGUGCCGGAUGAAGGUGACCAGCACCGGCGACGAUCUGUACCGCAAGUUCAUCAUACUGACGGUGCUGCGGCGGCCGGGUCCGCCGUCGAUAUCGCUGUCGACGUCGCGCGUAAUCGAGGGUAAGCGGCUCGAGCUGCAGUGCAACACGUACGGCGGCAGUCCCGAGCCGGAGGUGAGAUGGUACCGCGGCAACAACAACACGAUCCUGCACAUCGGCAAGACGCUGCUGAUGCAGCCGACGCAGGAGGACGACAGAGCGACUUUCCGCUGCUUGGUGUGGAACCGGGCGAUGGAGCAGGGUGAAAUGCUGGAAGCGUCGGUGACGCUCGACGUCGAGUACUUCCCCCGCGUCACCGUCGGCCCGGAGAACCCGAUGAAGGUCGAGGUGAACGGCACCGCGAUCAUGAUGUGCCACGUGGACUCGAAGCCGCCGGUCACGAGCGUGCGUUGGACACGAGACGGCACCUUCACCAACACCAACUUCCAGCACUUGAUAUCGAAGGUCACGCUACAGGACGCCGGCAGGUACACGUGUCAGGCGGACAACAAUCUGAGCGAGCGCGGCGAGGCGUCCCUGUUUCUGGACGUGCUCUACCCGCCCACGGUGUCGAUCGAGGGCGACCCGGUCAGGGUGACCGACGUGGAGGACAGCGUGACCGUACACUGCAACGUGUCCGCGAAUCCGCAGCCGUCGGUGAUCGAGUGGCUGCGCGAGGGCCGACCGGAGUUUCGGCAGUCGGGCCUGAUCCUGCGACUGAGCCGGGUCACGGCGGAUCACACCGGCAACUACACGUGCCGCGCUGUCAACACGAUCUACCCCACCGGCGGGGAGCGCAGGAAUCACACGGCCUCCGCCAGCGUGACCGUGCGAGUGCGACACAAGCCCGGCCCGGCCAGGGUGACGCCGGACUCGCCGGUCGCCAUCGAGGGCUCGCGGGUCACUCUCGCGUGCAUGGCCAACCCGGCCGGUUACCCGGAGCCGCAAUACAAAUGGUGGAAGGAGGGCGACGGCGGCACGGUCUUGAUACCGACACCGGCCGGCUCCUCGAGGUACGAGAUCGACUCGGUGCACCUCGGCAGCGAGGGCACUUACAAGUGCUACGCGAUCAACGAGAUCGGCAUAGGCGAGGCUGCGUCCGUCAAUCUCACUGUUCACCAACCGCCAAAGAUACUCACCAAGCUGCAGCCCCACAUCACGAGGAAAGUCGGCGAGUCGUCGUUCCAGGUAUCCUGCGUAGCGCAGGGCAAACCACGGCCUAGCGUGCGCUGGCUGAAGGACGAUCAAGAAUUAACGGCCGACGAGAGGCUCUACAAAGUAAUUACGACGGCGUCGGAGGGCCACGGUAGCGUAAUAACCGUAAAUUCCACGCUGAGCUUUUUGGGUCACGCUCGUCCGCAGACCGACGAGAUCGUGGCGGGCGAUCGCGGCAAGUACACCUGCGUCUUCGUGAACGAGGUGAAGAAAGUCGAGUCCACGAUGAUGCUCAAGGUGGAGCACGAGCCGAUAAUACUCCAUCAGCACGGUAAGGUGGCCUACAAUCUGCGGGAGAACGCCGAGGUGGUCUGCAAGGUCCAGGCGUGGCCGAAGCCCGAGUUCCAGUGGAGCUACGGUAACAACGCCGCGACCCUCCAAGGCUCCUCGAGCGACGGCCACUACGAGAUCUCGUCCACAAACGACAAUUACGACGUCUACAUGUCCUACCUCAGGAUAAACAACAUUCGCGAGUCCGAUUACGGCGACUACAACUGCCGCGUCGUGAACGCUCAAGGCAGCGUCACGUCUCACAUCAGGCUGCAGCCGAAGGGCGCGCCGGAUAGACCAACCAACAUCACUGCCAUGGACAUCGGGCCCACGCAUGUCGCCUUACUGUGGGAAUUGGGCUUCGACGGCGGUCUACCCAUCACCAAGUACUUCGUCUCGUACAGAAGAGUCGCCGGCGGCGACGAGAUAGUCGCGCCGGAUUGCGCGCCACCGCGGGGGCCAGCCGGUCAAUGGCUCGAGCUCGACUGUCGCCAGUCGAACCCGUGCAACGUGACGAAUCUCGAGCAACAUCAGACCUACACCUUCAAGGUGAAGGUCUACAACACGAAGAAUCACUCCGACUAUUCCGAGGAGGUGACCGCGACCACCGCGGUCGCCAAGAUACCCACGCCGUUGAGGGUGAGCUACGAUCCCGAGAGCAGCACCCUCGCCAUCAACGUGGGUGCCACGUGCUUGGCUCUGGUGGCGUCCAUCGAGAAAUUCGACGGAGGCGCGGACAUCGCGUGGCGUAUCGUCGACGAGUGGCCUCUCGAGGUUCUCGGGAGCGCGCCUACUCAAAGGGAGGGAAUAUUGGACGAUCCCGAGGCGCCCGACACCGAGCCUCGGCUGCAAGUUCGGCUCUGCCUCAAAGCCGACCGGCAGAAGUGCGGCGAGUACGCGGAGGCUGAAAUCGGGCCGUCUUACAUCGCGCAAUCCGGCGCUCUCACGAUGCCGACUCUGAUCGCGUUGAUAGUGAGCGGAGCGGUUUUCCUGCUAUUUGCGGCCUUGCUGCUGCUGUUCUGCCGAUGCCGGCGGAAACACGCGACGAAAGCGAAGGAUUACGAGAUGGACUCGAACACCGUCCGACCGAGCCUCGUGGCGGGCAACGGCCAACAAACACAACCACCACCGCCGUAUUACGCCGAGAACAAAGCUCUGGAGCACAGCUUGGACCAUGCUCUGGCUAUGGAGGAUUCCAAGACUCCCGCGUACUCGCAACCGGGCUACGGUUAUCACCAGCCAAAUCACAAUAUCAACGGCGUGAACAUGGGCUACAUGGACAACAGUUACUCCAACUCCAACAACGGCGGUUCCGUGAACUCGCAGGACUCCAUAUGGCAAAUGAAGUCGGCGGCAGCGAACGGCGUCAGCCAGCCUUACGAUCUCACCGGCUACGGCACAACGGAGUCCGAUUACCCCACGCACCCUCAUUAUCUGCCGCAGCGGGAGGAUUACAGGGAGAGCCAUAAUCUGAGCCGGCAGCAGUUCUGCACGGAGCCCUUCGCCACCGUCGUCAAGUCUCAGAAACACGUCGACUCACCUUACGACGUGUCCGGAUUACCGUACCAGGAAAAUUACGACGAGGACACUAAGCCACCGCAACAGGUCAGCCUGUCGUACGACGAAAGCCUGGAGUCAGGCUACUCCACGCCCAAUAGCCGCGGUCGUAGAAUCAUCAGGGAGAUAAUCGUUUGAGACCUACCUACCGGCUCACGAGCCGGAAACACGCGCACUACUUGG